AGUUAUACCGUGUGGUCAGUAUCGUUGAGGCACCCACCAGGUCCUUCUGUGCGCCGGGAAUCUGUGUACAUCUUUUCCUUUGAGCAGACAGCAAAUAUGUCGACGAUUCUUCCCUCACCCACCAACGCCUCCUCCAACUCGGGUCUUAAGAUUACCUUGGUAGUCUUCGGCGCUUUCGGAAUGACUGUCUGGGGAACGUCCAUCGGCUUCCUUUUGGGCUGGGACCAUGGAAAUAUCCUUUUCUUCGCCGGGGUUGCCGCAUACGUCAGCGUCAUCGCUAACGCUGCCAUUAUUUACGUCACCUGCCGCAUCAUGUUCCUCGUCAUGCACCCAAGUUUUCCCAGCGGGGAAACACUCCAGGACCUGCACCAGUGUGUGGCGCGCUUGGUGGCCUUCACGGUGCUCGGAUUUACCACGUGGGUGGACAGCGUAGUGUGGAUAGCUCAGCUACCUGAUGACGAAAAAGCCAUCGUAUACCACGCCUGUAACUACGGAUUUGUGAUAAGCGCAAUAGUUGCUGGUCUGGCAGGCGGCCUCUUACGGAUCACCUCCAACAGAACCGCCCUCCCUGUCACAGUUGGGGCUCCGAAGUACGCCAGUCAACAGGGUCAUUAUCCACAACAGAGUUACCAAGGAUCUCACGCACAGUACACCAACCCAGCCUACGGGCACCAUUACCACCAGCAGCGCAUGUAAGCUGACGAGAGACUGUGACGGACUGAUGCAUGGAAAGCCGACGUACAGAUUGGACUGACUUAACACAUCUCAGAGCUGCAGAUGACCUUAUUUUGAUUAUUCCACGCCGCAAUUCUAAUACAUUCAAAAGGUUCUACUAGUAAAUUUACAUGUUUUUUUUAUAAGCUUUCUCUUUUGGUUUUAGUGGCAGAUUAAUAAGAUUUCUACAUUAUUAUCAGAAGAAACGUUUCUUGAUAACGUGGUUGGUAAUCUCUGUGGGCUUUGAGAUUAGUCGUGUUGAAAAGACGAAGCGUUUCAGAAUAGGAACAAAAUACAUAUACACUAUAUGUAUUUCACUAUGAGAGAGAGAGAGAGAGAGAGAGAGAGAGAGAGAGAGAGAGAGAGAGAGAGAGAGAGAGAGAGAGAGAGAGAGAGAGAGAGAGAGAGAGAGAGAGAGAGAGAGAGAGAGAGAGAGAGAGAGGGGCACUACCAUAAAAAUGGAAGUUAUAUCAUUCUAGAACACACACAGAUAGAAAUGAUGAUAAAAAAAAGAUUAAUAGUUUAAAAG